AUGGAGCCGUCCCCCACCCGCCCCUCCGCUCGAGGUCACACCCCCGCUGCUGCCACCGCAGCCGGCCCCGCCUCCCCCGUCGUCGCCUCGGCAUCCGCGCCCAAGGAGAGGAACAGACACCGAGCUCAGAAGUUGCCGCCUCCGGAGGUGAACGAAGAAUUCUCCCCAGGGAGGACGAACUACAGCCUCGAAGAAAGCGUUCUUUUGACGAAGUGUUGGGUUGAUAUGUCAUUCUGUGUUGAUUUUAACUUCGCCGUCCGCCUCUUUCACAGCGCCACCCGUCUCCUUCCACACCUCCACACUCUCAUUCUGUGCCGGACCGCCGGUGAAACUUCCCGUUCCUCCUCCUCCUUCAGCAUAAUGGGAAAUGAAGAGCAUGUGCAGCGAGACUCCAAGGAGAAAAUCAGUGCUAUAUAUUCAGAUUUCAUGAUGAAGAUUGCACAUUUUGAUGGACUAAGGUGUACGGCUAGCUGUGUUCUUGUCCGCUUCCAGCAAGCACUUGGGAGGCCUCCAAUCGAUAAGACAUCUACAUUGGUGGAGCGCAAUGUUAAUGCUCAUGGAUCGAGAAAGGUGAUGUCUUAUUUUGAAGCUGUAUUUUCCAACAAUCAUGACAGGGUACAAAAUGUGGAAGUGCAUACACACCAUCUUGGACUUCAAUACUACAUAAGUAGAGCUAAAGAUGUUCUCGAUGAACUCGAAUCCCUUCUGGGAAAGGCAGCAUCUGUCGUGCAAACUUCAAACGAUAACAACAGAGUAGAUAAUAGCUCCAACUCAGUUUUAUGUAUUGCUUCAACUGAGCAAACUGCAAAUGAGAAAGAUGAAAAGUGUAUUGUACAGGGAAGACCGGAUCUUGCAGACUCUGGUAGUAUGAUGGCUAUCGUAUACAGUAUGUUGAAACAAGACUACACAAUGCAGGCCCGAAUUGUGUGCUCCCUCAGCCACAAGUUUUCGCAGGAAGAACUGGAAAUCUAUUGUCAGAUGUGGUCUCUGCGGCCAUUUGUAGACGACGACAUAAUGCGUAAAGCGUGGAAUUUUUUCCCUGGACGCUGAGGUUCACCGGCGGCUCAUUGGAGUGUGGUGUUUGGUUGUAUGAAACUCUUCUUUUGGUGAAGGUGAAAAUCUCUUUCUUGUGUUUUUCCUCUGUUCCUCAUUUCUAGUUUGGAUUUGUAUAUCAAUUUAUUGGAUUUAAAAUAAAUUUUUUUAAAUGAAUUUAUGGCCUUCCAAAUA